GCCGAGCCGGAAGGGAAACAAACAACAGGCGAGUGAGAGAGACGCCCGCCGGGACCCACCGCCAGCCUGCGGGCCUGACAGGCCGGCCAGACCCCCAGGCCUCCGAGGCCAUGGAACGGCCCAUCAAAAAGAUGAGGCACCUCAAGAGGAUCAGGUUGCAUGUCAUGACCUGGAAUGUGGCGUGUGCAUCACCCCCAACCAACAUUGAUGACUUGCUUCUGCUUGACUCUGAACCUCUGAGCACAGACAUGUAUGUCAUUGGUUUACAGGAAGUAAAGUCUGGCAUUAUCAAUUACCUUUCUGAGUUGGCCUUUGAGGAUCCCUGGAGCAAGCUCUUCAUGGACAUGCUUUCUCCUCUGGGUUAUAUCAAGGUGACCUCCAUAAGAAUGCAGGGACUCCUCCUACUGGUCUUUGUCAAGCGCCAGCAUGUGCCCUUCAUAUCUGGCAUCUACACCAACUACACCCGCACUGGCCUCUGUGGCUAUUGGGGGAACAAAGGGGGAGUUGCCGUCUGCUUUCGGAUCUAUGGCUAUGCCGUCUGCUUCCUCAACUGCCACCUGCCCCCGCACUUGUCCAACAUUGACCAGCGGCUCAGCGAUUUCGACAGAAUCCUGGAGAUGCAGAACUUUGAGAAAGAAGACAUUCCCAACAUCCUGGACCACGACCUCCUCCUGUGGUUCGGUGACCUAAACUUUCGCAUUGAGGAUUACGGCUUGUGUUUUAUCCAGGAGUCCAUCAACAAUGAGCACUAUAGCGAUCUCUGGAAGAAAGAUCAGCUCAACAUGAUUAAGAAGACAGAUUCACUGCUCCAGCAGUUCCAGGAGGGCCCUCUGCUCUUCCAGCCAACCUAUAAAUUUGACAUCGACUCAGAAAAAUAUGAUUCCAGUGAGAAAAAACGAAAACCAGCUUGGACUGACCGCAUCCUUUGGAGGCUGAAGCGGGAGCUCUUAAAUAACUCUGUGGACUCUGGGGAAUGUGAGCGCUUCUUCUCUAUGAUAUUGAAGAGUUAUCAAAGCCACAUGAAAUAUAAAAUCAGUGACCACAAGCCAGUCACAGCGACCUUUGAGCUGGAGCUGAAGUCCCUACUGCUAAGCCCGCCAAUCACCUUGAUUCCUGAGGGGCAGUGGAUCACACCUUAUGAUCUGGUGGUUAGCUACAACCGGAGCCCUGACUUCAUCAGCAGCGCCUGGGACUGGAUUGGCCUCCACAAGGUUGUGAUACGCCACUUGAAGGACUAUGUGACCUAUGCCUGGGUCAAGGACAACAUGGUCUCCUCGAAUGAAGGGCUUCACCAGGUUUACAUCAAUGCUAGCGGUUUCCCAGAGGAAGGGGGAGAGUUUCUUCUCAGUUACUAUAGUAACAAUCUCCAGGGUAUAGUGGGGCUGAGUGAACCCUUCCAGAUCUCCAGAAAUGUCCUGACCCCAGAAGACUGGAGAGAAAGGAAAGGAGAUCCCCUGAUGUAUUGAGCCAGGAUGCAUGCCUGAAUAGGCGGUCACAGCUCCCUGCAAUGGCCGCUGCUUGUGUGUCCAGCUCUCUCAAGAUAGGGGCAGCCCACCCCCCCCAAUCAUCUCCUGGUUCCCCAUUCAGGACUGUGGUUGGGAUUCAGUUACCAGGACAUGGGGGAGGCCAGCUGGUCCCCAUGAAGUGGCUACUCAAAGACGGUCAGCCAAGUGAUGGGGGAUUCUUAUAAGCUCCCCUUCUUCCUCCUCAGGCCUCCUCCCCCACCCUCCUGCCCCACCCUGCCCCAUAACCCAGGUAGGGCCGAUCGCCUUCAGAAUGCCCGGAGUGGGGCUGCCAGCCACAUGCCCCAGCUGGCACCUGCCCCACAUUCCUGUGACUCCAUCUCCAGGGCUCUGGCUGGCAGGGAUGGGGAGAUAAUUUGUACAGGAUCCUCUAAACAGUUGGCAGCCACCCUCCAAGUUUUAGGAGGAAUCUUGGAAUCUUAGAAUCUUGGCAGCAUAUUUCUCCUCCAGGGGCAGGGCAGGGGUGGCAUGGUGAUGGGCAUGUCCUAAUGCACCCUUCCUUCAGCACGGAGAAUUAGGUCUAUAGCUUUGGUAUAGUAGCAGAUUGCUAAGUAUCUUCUCCCGAGGGUCCUGGAUCAGGAGCCCCUUGGCAUUUCGGUGCAACCUGAGGCCAGGGGGUGGGGGGAGUUCAGUCAGUUUUGCUGCUUCCUGCCCUUGGCUCGGAGACAGCUGUGGCUCCAGCCUUCCCUCCUGGUGGUGUCCGACAGGGAGCAGCUCUACGAGUUGUUGCCCUGGACCCCACCAUCUUCCCCUUUCAGUUUUUCUGGGAUAGCACCUCACCCCAACAAUUAGGUCUUAGAAGCCAAUUUGCAUAGCAGCACUGUACUCCAAGAUUGUAGCACACUGGAAAUGGCUUUGGGACCCCUCUGCAUUGCUUGGGCCGGCUGAGAGUGAAGGGUGUCUGGGGAACUUAAAAAAACAUUCCUCUCUAGGUACUGUCAUGAAAUUUGGGAGUCCCUCAACUCCACCCCCACACACUGGGGUCAGUGACAGCUCUGCCUUAGUCUCCCAGGAAAGACCGUCUCAGGGAGCCCGCACUGUGACAUCACUGCGGUUCUUUCCUCCCUCCUUCCCCAAGGCCCACAGAGCCCCUUUCUCUCUGAAGCUCACCGAGGGGAGCUCCAGCCCAGUGGCUACUUGACAUUUCCCCUUUGGAAGCCUCGAAUGUCAACAACUCCCCUUUCUUCUGCUGUCCCUGCCCUGCCUCCCAGCCCAGCAACUCAAGUCUGUGCAUCUGUGUCUGUUAUAUUUGAGAAUAGAGAUGUGGCUUUUAGAGUG